UGGAGCCCUGCAUAGAGACAGGUACCCCCGCCCCCACCAUCACCAUGGAUCACUCAUUCAGCGGCGCGCCGCGCUUCCUGACCCGGCCGAAGGCCUUCGUGGUGUCUGUGGGCAAGGACGCCACGCUGAGCUGCCAGAUCGUGGGCAACCCCACACCGCAGGUGAGCUGGGAGAAGGACCGGCAGCCAGUGGAGGCGGGUGCUCGUUUCCGCCUGGCCCAGGACGGCGACCUGUACCGCCUCACCAUCUUGGACCUGGCACUCGGCGACAGCGGGCAGUACGUAUGCCGCGCGCGCAAUGCCAUCGGCGAGGCCUUCGCGGCCGUCGGUCUGCAGGUGGACGCUGACGCCGCAUGCGCCGAGCAGGCGCCCCACUUCCUGCUGCGGCCCACGUCCAUCCGCGUGCGAGAGGGCGCCGAGGCCACCUUCCGCUGCCGCGUGCGCGGCUCGCCGCCUAUGGCCGUUAGCUGGGCCAAGGACGGACGGCGCCUGGGCUCGCCCGACGCCCCCCGAGUGCGUGUGGAGGCGAGCGGAGAGGCCAGCGCGCUGCGCAUCCAGGCCGCGCGGCCGCGCGACGGCGGCACCUACACCGUGCAUGCCGAGAACCCGCUGGGCGCCGCCAGGGCUGACGCCGCGCUUACAGUGGAUGCGGACGCCGACGCGGCCGGCAACCUCACCCGAAAGCUCCCGAGGAAGACAGCGGUGCGAGUGGGGGACACAGCCAUGUUUUGCGUGGAGCUGGCCAGGCCCGAGGGCCCCGUCCACUGGCUGCGGAACCAGGAAGAGGUGGUGGCCGGGGGCCGCGUGGCCAUCACUGCAGAAGGCACGUGCCACACGCUCACCAUCUCCCAGUGCAGCCUGGAGGACGUGGGCGAGGUGGCCUUCGUGGCUGGGAACUGCUGGACGUCCACCCAGUUCUACGUGUCAGCCCCCAGGAAGCCGCCCCUGCAUGCCCCUGAGGCCCCGGUGGUGAAGGCCAGGACGGAGAGCUCCGUGACCCUUGGCUGGUCCCCACCGCCCUGUGGGGACCGCCCUGUCUCCAUCGACGGCUAUCUGGUGGAGAAGAAGCGACUCGGUGCCUACACUUGGAGCCGGUGCCACGAGGCUGAGUGGGUGGCCACGCCCGAGCUGACCGUGGGCGGUGUGGCCGAGGAGGGGGACUUCCAGUUCCGGGUGUCAGCUGUGAACAGCUUUGGCCAGAGCUCCUACCUCCAGUUCCCUGGAACGGUCCACUUGGCCCCCCAGCUGGCCGUGAAGACGCCUCUGAAGGCAGUAGAGGCGGUGGAGGGUGGUGAGGUGACCUUCUCCGUGGACCUCACUGUGGCCUCGGCGGGCGAGUGGUUUCUGGACGGGCAGGCCCUGAAAGCCAGCAGUGUGUAUGUAAUCCGAUGCGAUGGCACCCGGCACGUUCUCACCAUCCGCUCCGUGCCCGCCAGCCUGCAUGGCUCUGAGCUCAAGUUCGUGGCCGACGGCAUUGAAAGCAGCAUCCGCAUGGAGGUCCGAGUGGCCCCAGGGCUGACCACCAAGCCUCCAACAACAGCGGCUCGGGAGGUGCUGGCCAGGCUGCACGAGGAGGCGCAGCUCCUGGCGGAGCUGUCAGACCAGGCGGCGGCCGUGACGUGGCUCAAGGAUGGCCAUGCGCUGCCCCCAGGCCCCAAGUAUGAGGUGCAGGCGUCGGCUGGGCAUCGGACCCUGCUGGUGCGGGAUGUGGCACGAGAUGAUGCCGGCCUGUACGAGUGUGUCAGCCGCGGGAGCCGCAUCGCCUACUGGCUGUCCGUGCAAGACCUCACGUCCUUUCUGCACAAGGACACGGUGGGCGGCUGCGUGGAUGCCGUGGCUGGGGGUCCAGCCUGCUUUGAGUGUGAGACCUCGGAGGCCCGUGUGCAUGUGCGCUGGUACAAGGACGGCGUGGAGCUUGGGAGCUCUCGCCAGCGCUUCUCGCGGGAGGACAUGGGCACACGGCACCGGCUGGUGGUGGCCUCGGUCACCAAGCAGGACGAGGGCACCUACUCGUGCCGUGUGGGCGAGGACUCCGUGGACUUCCGGCUGCGCGUCUCUGAGCCCACGGUGGUGUUUGCCAAGGAGCAGCCAGCGCGCAGGGAGGUGCAGGCUCAGGCGGGGGCCAGCGCCACGCUGAGCUGCGAGGUGGCCCAGGCCCAGACGGAGGUGACGUGGUUCAAGGACGGGAAGAAGCUGAGUGAAAGCUCGAAAGUGCGCGUGGAGGCCAAGGGCUGCAGCAGGCAGCUGGUGGUGCAGCAGGCGGGGCAGGCGGACGCCGGAGAGUACAGCUGCGAGGCCGGGGGCCAGAAGGUCUCCUUCCACCUGGACGUCACAGAGUCCCUUCACAGCAGCGCCUGGAUGAGUGUUUGGUGGAAUAGCUGGGGGCAGGCCAUGCGCGCCGAGGGCGCCCCAGCCUCACCGCCUGGCGCUGGCACGCGCACCUGCACUGUGACUGAGGGUAAGCACGCGCGCCUCAGCUGCUACGUGACAGGCGAGCCCAAGCCCGAGACCGUGUGGAAGAAGGAUGGGCAGCUGGUGGCCGAGGGCCGGCGACACGUGGUGUACGAGGACGCGCAGGAGAACUUCGUGCUCAAGAUCCUCUUCUGCAAGCAGUCGGACCGCGGUCUCUACACCUGCACGGCGUCCAACCUCGUGGGCCAGACCUACAGCUCCGUGCUGGUCGUCGUGCGAGAGCCGGCCGUGCCCUUCAAGAAGAGGUUGCAGGACCUGGAGGUGCAGGAGAGGGAAUCGGCCACCUUCCAGUGUGAGGUGCCGCUGCCGGCCACGGAGGCCGCGUGGUUCAAGGAGGAGACGCGGCUGCGGGCGAGCGCCAAGUACGGCAUCGAGGAGGCGGGCACGGAGCGCAGGCUGACGGUGCGCAACGUCUCGGCCGACGACGACGCCGUGUACAUCUGCGAGACUGCCGAGGGCAGCCGCACGGUGGCCGAGCUGGCGGUGCGAGGUGCGAGCGAGGGCACUCGGGAGCCCAUGGUGGUGUUUGCCAAGGAUCAGCCGGUGCGCAGGAAGGUGCAGGCCGAGGCAGGGGCGAGCGCCACGCUGAGCUGCGAGGUGGCCCAGGACAAGACGGAGGUGUUGUGGUUCAAGGACGGGAAGAAGCUGAGUGCAAGCUCGAAAGUGCACAUGGAGGCCAAGGGCUGCAGCAGGCGGCUGGUGGUGCAGCAGGCGGGGCAGGCGGACGCUGGGGAGUACAGCUGCGAGGCCGGGGGCCAGAAGGUCUCCUUCCGCUUGGACGUUACAGAGCCCAUGGUGGUGUUUGCCAAGGAGCAGCCAGCGUGCAGGGAGGUGCAGGCUGAGGCGGGGGCCAGCGCCACGCUGAGCUGCGAGGUGGCCCAGGCCCAGACAGAGGUGACGUGGUUCAAGGACGGGAAGAAGCUGAGUGCGAGCUCCAAAGUGCGUGUGGAGGCCAAGGGCUGCAGCAGGCGGCUGGUGGUGCAGCAGGCGGGGCAGGCAGACGCCGGAGAGUACAGCUGCGAGGCCAGGGGCCAGAAGGUCUCCUUCCGCCUGGACGUCACAGAGCCCACGGUGGUGUUUGCCAAGGAGCAGCCGGUGCGCAGGGAGGUGCAGGCUGAGGCGGGGGCCAUCGCAACGCUGAAUUGCGAGGUGGCCCAGGACAAGACAGAGGUGACGUGGUUCAAGGACGGGAAGAAGCUGAGUGCAAGCUCGAAAGUGCGCGUGGAGGCCAAGGGCUGCAGCAGGCGGCUGGUGGUGCAGCAGGCGGGGCAGGCGGACGCCGGAGAGUACAGCUGCGAGGCCGGGGGCCAGAAGGUCUGCUUCCGCCUGGACAUCACAGAGCCCACGGUGGUGUUUGCCGAGGAGCAGCCGGUGCGCAGGGAGGUGCAGGCUGAGGCGGGGGCCAGCGCCACGCUGAACUGCGAGGUGGCCCAGGCCCAGACGGAGGUGACGUGGUUCAAGGACGGGAAGAAGCUGAGUGCGAGCUCGAAAGUGCGUGUGGAGGCCAAGGGCUGCAGCAGGCGGCUGGUGGUGCAGCAGGCGGGGCAGGCGGACGCCGGAGAGUACAGCUGCGAGGCCGGGGGCCAGAAGGUCUCCUUCCGCCUGGAUGUCACAGAAAAGCAGUGUGAGCGUUUGCUGUACCAGAUGUCAAGAAUUAUCGUAAAGCUUCGCAGGCGGCUGGUGGUGCAGCAGGCGGGGCAGGCGGACGCCGGAGAGUACAGCUGCGAGGCCGGGGGCCAGAAGGUCUGCUUCCGCCUGGACGUCACAGAGCCCACGGUGGUGUUUGCCAAGGAGCAGCCAGUGCGCAGGGAGGUGCAGGCCAAGGCGGGGGCCAGCGCCACGCUGAGCUGUGAGGUGGCCCAGGCCCAGACGGACGUGACGUGGUUCAAGGACGGGAAGAAGCUGAGUGCGAGCUCAAAAGUGCAUGUGGAGGCCAAGGGCUGCAGCAGGCGGCUGGUGGUGCAGCAGGCGGGGCAGGCGGAUGCCGGAGAGUACAGCUGCGAGGCCGGGGGCCAGAAGGUCUGCUUCUGCCUGGACGUCACAGAGCCGGAGCCUGAGCGACCAGCCCUGGAGAGACCCGGCCGCAGGGAGCCUCUGGUGGUCAGGGAACAUGAGGAUAUCGUCCUGACGGCCACUCUGGUCACACCCUCUGUGGCCACAGUGACGUGGCUCAAGGAUGGCGUGGAGAUUCGCCGCAGCAAGCGGCACGAGACGGCCAGCUUGGGGGACACCCACACACUGACCGUGCGCGGCGCACAGACCAUGGACAGCGCCGUCUACAGCUGCCGCGUGGGCGCCGAGGGGCAAGACUUCCCGGUGCAGGUGGAAGAGGUGGCGGCCAAGUUCUGCCGGCCCCUGGAGCCCGUGCGCGGGGAUCUGGGCGGCACAGUGACGCUGGCCUGCGAGCUGAGCCCAGCGCAGGCCGAGGUGGUGUGGCGCUGCGGGAGCACGGAGCUCCGGGCCGGCAAGCGCUUCCAGAUGGCGGCCGCGGGGCCCCGGCGCUCACUCACCGUGUCGGGCCUGCGGGCGGAGGACGCGGGGGAGUACGUGUGCGAGAGCCGCGACGACCGCACCAGCGCGCGGCUCACCGUCAGCGUCCCCCGCGAGGUCAAGUUCACGUCCGGUCUGAACACCGUGGUCGCGGAGGAGGGCCUCGAGGCCACCUUCCAGUGCGUGGUGACCCCCGGUGACGCGGCGGUCACGUGGUUCCGGGACGGCGCCCAGCUGCAGCCCAGCGAGAAGUUUCUCAUCUCGCAGAGCGGCGGCAGCCACAGCCUGAUCAUCUCGAGCCUCGUCCUGGAGGACGCCGGCCAGAUCACCGCGGAGGCCGAGGGCGUCAAGUCCACCGCUGCUCUCCGGGUCCGAGAGGCUCCGGUGCUGUUCAGGAAGAAGCUGGAGCCGCAGACGGUGGAGGAGCGGAGCUCGGUGACUAUGGGGGUGGAGCUGACGCGGCCGUGGCCGGACGUCAAGUGGACGCGCAACGCCGCGGCCCUGGCGCCGGGCGAGAACCUGGCGAUCCACGCCGAGGGCGCGCAUCACCGCUUGGUCAUCCGCAGCGUGGGCUUCGCUGACCGCGGCUUCUACGGCUGCGAGACGCCAGACGACAAGACGCAGGCGAAGCUCACGGUGGAAAUGCGCCAGGUCCGACUCGUGCGGGGCCUGCAGGCGGUGGAGGCGAGAGAGCAGGGCACCGCCACCAUGGAGGUGGAGCUGUCGCACGCCCACGUGGAAGGCAGCUGGACGCGCGACGGCCUGCGGCUCCAGCCGGGGCCCACAUGCCAGCUGGCGGUGCGCGGCCCCACCCACACCCUCACGCUCUUGGCGCUGCGGCCGCAGGACGGCGGCCUCAUCGCCUUCAAGGCCGAGGGCGUGCACACAUCAGCGCGGCUCGUGGUUACCGAGCUGCCUGUGAGAUUCAGCCGCCCACUGCGGGACGUGGUGGCCACAGAGAAGGACAAGGUGACCCUGGAGUGUGAGCUGUCGCGCCCCAACGUGGACGUGCGCUGGCUGAAGGACGGCGUGGAGCUGCGAGUGUGCAAGACGGUGGGCAUAACGGCCCAGGGCGCCUGCAGGAGUCUCAUCAUUUACCGGUGCGAGCUUGGGGACCAGGGCGUGUAUGUGUGUGACGCCCACGAUGCCCAGAGCUCGGCCUCUCUGAAGGUGCAAGGCCGCAACGUCCAGAUUGUGAGGCCCUUGGAGGACGUCGAGGUGAUGGAGAAGGAGGGCGCCACCUUCUCCUGCGAGGUCUCCCUCGACGAGGUGCCCGCCCAGUGGUUCUGGGAGGGCAGUAAGCUUCGGCCCAGUGACAACGUUCGCAUCCGCCAGGAAGGAAGGACAUACACUCUCGUCUACCGGAGAGUCCUGUCUGAAGACGCAGGGGAAAUCAAAUUUGUAGCCGAAAAUGCAGAAUCGCGAGCCCAGCUCCGAGUGAAAGAGCUGCCAGUGACCAUCCUGCGCCCGCUGCGGGACAAGAUCGCCAUGGAGAAGCACCGCGGCGUGCUUGAGUGCCAGGUGUCGCGGGCCAGCGCCCAGGUGCUUUGGUUCAAGGGCAGCGCGGAAUUGCGGCCUGGGCCCAGGUAUGAGAUGGUCAGUGAUGGCCUCUACCGCAAGCUCGUCAUCAGCGAGGUGCAGCCUGAGGACGAGGACACCUACACCUGCGACGCCGGCGACGUGAAGACCAGCGCCCAGUUCUUUGUGGAAGAGCAGUCCAUCACCAUCGUGCGGGGCCUGCAGGACGUGACCGUGAUGGAGCCGGCCCCUGCCUGGUUCGAGUGUGAGAUUUCCAUCCCCUCCGUGCGGCCGCCCAAGUGGCUCCUGGGGAAGACGGUGCUGCACGCGGGGGCGGAUGUGGGCGUGGAGCAGGAGGGCACGGUGCACCGGCUGACGCUGCGGCGCACCUGCUCCACCAUGACGGGGCCCGUGCACUUCACCAUCGGCAAGUCGCGCUCCACCGCCCGCCUCGUGGUCUCAGACAUCCCUGUGGUGCUCACGCGGCCGCUGGAGCCCAAGGCGGGACGCGAGCUGCAGUCAGUGGUCUUGUCCUGCGACUUCAAGCCGCCCCCCAAGGCCGUGCAGUGGUACAGAGAGGACACGCCCUUGGCGCCUUCCGACAAGUUCAAGAUGAGGCUGGCGGGGCACAUGGCAGAGCUGCGCGUCCUGCGGCUCACACCCGCCGACGCCGGCGUCUACCGGUGCCAGGCCGGCAGCGCCCAGAGCAGCGCCGAGGUCACCGUGGAGGCGCGCGAGGUGACAGUGACGCAGCCGCUGGAGGACGUGGAGGUCACGGAAGAGGACCGCGCCUGCUUCUCCUGUGAGCUGUCCCACGAGGACGAGGAGGUGGAAUGGUCGCUCAACGGGACGCCCCUGUACAAUGACAGCUUCCACGAGAUCACCCAUGAAGGGCACCGCCACACGCUGCUGCUGAAGCGGGUCCGGCGGGGGGACGCGGGCACCGUGUGCGCCUCCUCCCCUAAGGUGACGGCUACUGCCCGCCUGGAGGUCAAAGCGAAGCCGGUGGUGUUCCUGAAGGCGCUGGACGAUGUGUCCGCGGAGGAGCAGGGCACGCUGGCCCUGCAGUGCGAGGUCUCGGACCCCCAGGCCCGCGUGGUGUGGCGCAAGGAUGGUGUGGAACUGGGCCCCAGCGACAAGUACGAGUUCCUGCGCACGGCGGGCACGCGCGGGCUCGUGGUGCACGGCUUGCGCCGCGACGACGCCGGCCUGUACACCUGCGACGUGGGCACGGACGAGACCCGGGCGCGCGUCAGCGUGCACGACCUGCAUGUGGGCAUCACGAAGAGACUGAAGACAGUGGAGGUGCAGGAGGGUGAGAGCUGCAGCUUUGAGUGUGUCCUUUCCCACGAGAACACCAGCGACACAGCCGUGUGGACAGUCGGCGGGAAGACGGUGGGCAGCUCUGGCCGCUUCCAGGCCACACGCCAGGGCCGCAAGUACACCCUGGCUGUGCGAGACGCCACACUGGGUGAUGCUGGGGAGGUGGUCUUCUCCCUGCAGAGCCUCACUUCCAAGGCUUCGCUCAUCAUCAGAGAGAGGCCUGCGGACAUCAUGAAGCCCCUGGAAGACCGGCAGGCUGCACCGGGCGAGGAUGUGGUGCUGAGCUGUGAGCUGUCGCGGGCCGGCACCCCGGUUCGUUGGCUGAAAGAUGGGAAGGCCAUUCGCAAGAGCCAGAAGUACGAGCUGCUCGUUGAAGGCGUGAGGGCCACGCUGGUCAUCCGUGCGGUCUCCCUCAAGGACUCGGGCGAGUACACGUGCGAGACGGACGCUUCCAAGAGCACAGCCAGUCUCCGCGUGGAAGAAACGGCAAACUGGUUCACGGAGGAGCUGGCCGACCUGCAGCUGGAGGAGAAGGGCACGGCUGUGUUCCUGUGCAAGACAGAGCGGCCCGCGGCUGUGGUGACCUGGCACAAGGGCCUGAUGGAGCUGCGCACCUCGGGGAAGCACACACCCAGCCAGGAGGGCCUGACCUUAAGGCUCACCAUCAGCGACCUGGAGAAGGCAGACAGUGAUACCUACAGCUGUGAUAUUGGCCAGGCCCGGUCCCACGCCCGGCUCCUGGUGCAAGGCCAGAGUGUGCUCAUCACGGAGGACCUGGAGGAUGUGGAGGUGCAGGAGGGCUCCUCAGCCACCUUCUGCUGCCGUGUGUCCCCUGCUGACUACGGUCCCGUCCACUGGUUCCUGGACAAGACCCCCCUCCAGACCAACGAGCUCAACGAGAUUGAGGCCCAGCCUGGAGGCUACCACGUGCUGACCCUGCGGCAGCUCACACUCAAAGACUCGGGCACCGUCCACUUUGAGGCAGGUGACCAGCGGGCCUCGGCUGCCCUGAGGGUCACAGAGAAGCCAAGUGCCUUCUCCCGGGAGCUCGUGGAUGCCACGGUCACGGAGGGGGAGGAUCUGACCCUCGUCUGUGAGACUGCUGCUCCAGACAGCCCUGUGUUCUGGACCAAGGAUGGGAAGGCGCUGCGGCCAUCGGCCCGGUGCCGGCUGACCUACGAGGGCUGCCGGGCCCAGCUGGUCAUCACUGGCACCACCCUGCAGGACGGUGGAUGCUAUAAGUGUGAGGCCACCGGUGCCUGGAGCAGCUCCAUUGUCAGGGUCCAUGCUCGGCCAGCGCAGUUUCGGGAGGGGCUGAAGGACGUGGAGGUGCUGGAGGGUGGUGCUGCGACACUGCGUUGCACGCUGUCGUCGGUGGCUGCGCCUGUGGAGUGGCGCCGGGGAGACGAGGUUCUGCGAUCAGGAGGCAAGCACAGUCUGCGGCAGGAGGGCACCAUGCUGGAGCUGGUGGUCCGGGACCUGCGGCCCCAGGACAGUGGGCAGUACUUCUGCUGCUUUGGGGACCAGACAACCUCGGCCACUCUCACUGUGAAGGCCCUGCCUGCCGAGUUCAUAGGAAGACUGAGGAGCAAGGAGGCCACGGAAGGGGCCACAGCCGCACUGCACUGUGAGCUGAGCAAGGCGGCCCCCGUGGAGUGGAGAAAGGGGCCUGAGACUCUCAGAGCCAGGGACAGAGUCAUGCUGAGGCAGGACAGGGCUGUGUGUGAGCUGGAGAUCUGUGGCCUGGCCGUGGUAGAUGCUGGGGAGUACUCAUGCAUAUGCGGGCAGGAGAGGACGUCAGCCAUGUUGACCAUCAGGGCCCUGCCUGCCGAGUUCAUAGGAAGACUGAGGAGCAAGGAGGCCACGGAAGGGACCACAGCCACACUGUGCUGUGAGCUGAGCAAGGUGGCCCCCGUGGAGUGGAGGAAGGGGUCCGAGACCCUCAGAGCCGGGGACAGAGUCAGCCUGAGGCAGGACGGGGCCGUGUGUGAGCUGGAGAUCCGUGGCUUGGCCGUGACGGAUGCUGGGGAGUACUCAUGCGUGUGUGGGCAGGAGAGGACCUCGGCCACGCUGACUGUGAGGGCCCUGCCCACCAAGUUCACAAAGGGUCUGAGGAAGGAAGAGGCCACGGAAGGGACCACGGCGACACUACGCUGUGAGCUGAGCAAGGUGGCCCCCGUGGAGUGGAGGAAGGGGCCGGAGACCCUCAGAGCCGGGGACAGAGUCAGCCUGAGGCAGGACGGGGCCGUGUGUGAGCUGGAGAUCCGUGACCUGGCCGUGGCAGACACUGGGGAGUACUCGUGCGUGUGCGGGCAGGAGAGGACAAUGGCCACGCUGACCGUCAGUGCCCUGCCCGCCAAGUUCACAAAGGGUCUAAGGAAGGAAGAGGCCACAGAGGGGGCCACAGCCACACUGCGCUGUGAGCUGAGCAAGGCGACCCCCGUGGAGUGGAGGAAGGGGCCUGAGACCCUCAGAGCCGGGGACAGAGUCAGCCUGAGGCAGGACGGGGCCGUUUGUGAACUGGAGAUCCGUGGCCUGACUGUGAUGGAUGCUGGGGAGUACUCGUGCGUGUGUGGGCAGGAGAGGACCUCGGCCACGCUGACUGUCAGGGCCCUGCCUGCUAAGUUCAUCCAAGAACUGAAGACCAAGGAGGCCAUGGAAGGGACCACGGCCACACUGCACUGUGAGCUGAGCAAGGUGGCCCCCGUGGAGUGGAGGAAGGGGUCUGAGACCCUCAGAGCCGGGGACAGAGUCAGCCUGAGGCAGGAUGGGGCCGUAUGUGAGCUGGAGAUCCGUGGCCUGGCCGUGGCAGAUGCCGGGGAGUACUCGUGCGUGUGCGGGCAGGAGAGGACCUCGGCCAUGCUGACCGUGAGGGCCCUGCCCACCAACUUCACAAAGGGUCUGAGGAAGGAAGAAGCCACAGAGGGGGCCACAGCCACACUGUGCUGUGAGCUGAGCAAGGCGGCCCCCGUGGAGUGGAGGAAGGGGCCCGAGACCCUCAGAGCCGGGGACAGAGUCAGCCUGAGGCAGGACGGGGCCGUGUGUGAGCUGGAGAUCCGUGACCUGGCCGUGGCAGACACUGGGGAGUACUCGUGCGUGUGCGGGCAGGAGAGGACCUCGGCCACGCUGACCGUCAGGGCCCUGCCUGCCAAGUUCACACAGGGUCUGAGGCAUGAGGAGGCCACGGAAGGGAACAUGGUCACGCUGCACUGUGAGCUGAGCAAGGCGGCCCCUGUGGAGUGGAGGAAGGGGUCCGAGACCCUCAGAGCCGGGGACAGAGUCAGCCUGAGGCAGGACGGGGCUGUGUGUGAGCUGGAGAUCCGUGGCCUGGCUGUGGCAGACACCGGGGAGUACUCGUGCGUGUGUGGGCAGGAGAGGACAUCAGCCACGCUGACCAUCAGGGCCCCACAGGUGGUGUUCAGGAAGCCGCUGCAGAGCCUGCAGGCUGAGGAGGGCGCCAUGGCCAGCCUGCAGUGCGAGCUGUCUGAGCCCAGCGCCACCGUGGUCUGGAGCAAGGGCGGCCUGGAGCUGCAGGCUGAGGGGCGCCGGGAGCUGCGGCAGUGGGGCCACAUGGUGGAGCUGGUGCUGUGGGACCUGCGGCGGGAGGAUGCUGGCGAGUACACCUGUGCCUGUGGCUCCCAGGCCACCAGUGCCACCCUCACCAUCACAGCCAUGCCCGUGCGGUUCCUCCGGGAGCUGCAGGCCCAGGAGGUGGAUGAGGGCGCGACAGCACGCCUGUGCUGUGAGCUGAGCCGGGCGGGCGCCAGCGUGGAGUGGCGCAAGGGUUCCCUGCAGCUCUUCCCCUGUGCCAAGUACCAGAUGGUGCAGGAGGGCACAGCCGCUGAGCUGCUGGUGUGUGGCGCAGAGCAGGAGGACGCCGGCCACUACACCUGCGACACGGGCCACGCGCAGAGCACGGCCAGUCUCUUGGUCCGCGCCCCUAGGCCCACGUUCGAGACGGAGCUGCAGAGCGCGGAGCAGGAGGCAGGCAGCGUGGCCCGGCUGCACUGUGAGCUGAGCGCGGUGGAGCCUGGGGUCCCCGUGCAGUGGCUCAAGGAGGGCGUGGAGCUGCACGGGAGCCCCAAGUACGAGAUGCGGCGCCAGGGGGUCACGUGCGAGCUGCUGAUCCACAGGCUUGAGGCCAAGGAUGCGGGCGAGUAUGCCUGUGUGGUGGGCGGCCAGCAGACCUUGGCCUCCGUCGUGGUCAGAGAGCCAGAGGUGACUAUCGUGCGGGGGCUGGUGGACGCCGAGGUGCAGGCCCACGGGGACGUGGACUUCAGCUGCGAGGUGUCGCGGGCUGGAGCUGCGGACGUGGAGUGGCGCCUGCAGGGCCUGCCGCUGCAGAGCAACGAGGUGACGGAGGUGGCGGCGCGGGGUCGCACCCACGUGCUGCGGCUGAGGGGCGUGACGCCCGACGACGCGGGCACUGUGUCCUUCCACGUGGGCCGCCACACGUCCUCUGCCCAGCUCACCGUCCGAGCCCCUGAGGUGACCAUCCUGGAGCCCCUGCAGGACGUGCAACUCAGCGAGGGCCAGGAUGCCCACUUCCGGUGUCGGCUGUCCAGGGCCUCGGGCCAGGAGGUCCGCUGGGCUCUGGGAGGGGUGCCCCUGCAGGCCAACGAGAUGAAUGACAUCACGGUGGAGCACGGCACGCUCCACUUGCUCACCCUGCACAAGGUGACCCUCGAAGAUGCUGGAACCAUCAGUUUCCAAGUGGGCUCGUGUAGCUCGGAGGCCCAGCUGAAGGUCACAGCCAAGAACACGGUGGUGCGGGGCCUGGAGAACGUGGAGGCGCCCGAGGGCGGCGAGGCGCUGUUCGAGUGCCAGCUGUCCCGGCCCGAGGUGGCCGCCCACACCUGGCUGCUGGACGACGAGCCAGUGCGUACCUCCGAGGACGCCGAGGUGGUUUACUUCGAGAACGGCCUGCGGCACCUGCUGCUGCUCAAAAACCUGCGGCCGCAGGACAGCUGCCGGGUGACCUUCCUGGCGGGGGACGUGGUGACGUCGGCCUUCCUCACCGUCAGAGGCUGGCGCCUGGAGGUCCUGGAGCCCCCGCGGGACGCGGCCGUGCCGGCCGGGGGGCAGGCCCGCUUCAGCUGCACGCUCAGCGAGGCGGUGCCGGUGGGCGAGGCCACCUGGUACGUGAACGGCGCCGCGGUGCAGCCGGACGACGCCGACUGGACGGUCACGGCCGACGGCAGCCGGCACGCCCUGCUGCUGCACCGCGCCCGGCAGCACCAUGCUGGCGAGGUCACCUUCGCCGCCCGCGACGCCGUGGCCUCCGCGCGGCUCAGCGUGCUGGGCCUCCCCGACCCCCCAGAGGACGCUGAGGUGGUGGGGCGCAGCGGCAGCUCCGUGACGCUGUCCUGGGUGGCACCCGCAAGCGAUGGCGGUGGCGGUCUCUGCGGCUAUCGGGUGGAGAUGAAGGCGGCGGCCACCGGCGAGUGGCGGCUGUGCCACGAGCUGGUGCCGGGGCCGGAGUGUGUGGUGGACGGCCUGGUCCCCGGGGAGACCUACCGCUUCCGCGUGGCAGCCGUGGGCCCCGCGGGCACCGGGGAGCCCGUGUACCUGCCUCAGACUGUGAGGCUCGCAGAGCCGGUGGAGCCCGCGUCUGCGCCUCCCGUCCAGAGCCGGCAGGUGGCCGUCGGCGAGGAAGUGCGUUUGGUGUGUGAGGUGGCUGAGGCCGGCGAGGUCGUCUGGCUGAAGGGGGUGGAGCCCAUCCAGCCCAGCGAGCGCUUGCAGGUUCUCACCCAAGGUCAGCAGCAGACGCUGGUGAUCAGGGGCUUCUCCGCGGAGGACCAGGGCGAGUACCGCUGUGGCCCCAUCGCAGGACCGGCCUCCGCUGUGGCCACCACCUUCCAGGUGGUGCUGACCCCGGGAUCAGGGGAUGAGGCCCCGACGCAGCCCAGCUUGCCCCCAGAGGCGGCCCAGGAGGGUGACCUGCACUUGCUGUGGGAGGCCCUGGCCCGGAAGCGCCGCAUGAGCCGCGAGCCCACUCUGGACUCCAUCAGCGAGCUGCCCGAGGAGGACGGACGCCUGCAGCGCCUGCGGCAGGAGGCAGAGGAGGUGGCCCCCGACCUCUCCGAGGACUACUCCACAGCCGACGAGCUGACACGCACUGGCGAGGCUGAUCUCUCCCACACCAGCUCUGAUGAUGAGUCCCGGGCGGGAACUCCUUCCCUGGUUACCUACCUCAAGAAGGCCGGGAGGCCCGGUGCCUCACCACUGGCCAGCAAGGUUGGGGUCCCAGCAGCCCCGUCUGGGAAGCCACAGGAGCAGCAGGAGCAGCCAGCCGCAGUGCGCCCACCGCCAGGAGACCUGAGCACGGAGGACCUGGGUGGCCCAUCCAUGGACAAGGCAGCCGUGAAAAUCCAGGCUGCCUUCAAGGGCUACAAGGUCCGGAAGGAGAUGAAGCAGCAGGAGGGACCUGUGUUCUGCCGCACGUUUGGGGACACUGAGGUGCAGGUGGGAGAUGUCCUGCGUCUGGAGUGUGUGGUGACCAGCAAGGCAGACGUGCAUGCCCGCUGGCUGAAGGACGGCGUGGAGCUGACCGACGGCCGGCACCACCACAUCGACCAGCUUGGGGAUGGCACCUGCUCUCUGCUGGUCACCGGCCUGGGCCAUGCAGAUGCCGGCCGCUACACCUGUCAGGUGAGCAGCAAGUUUGGCCACGUGGCCCACAGCGCUUGUGUGGUGGUCAGCGGGACGGAGAGUGAGGCUGAGAGUUCCUCCGGGGGCGAACUGGACGAUGCCUUCCGCCGGGCCGCCCGGCGGCUGCACCGCCUCUUCUGCACCAAGGGCUCAGAGGAGGUUUCAGACGAGGAGAUCUUCCUCAGCGCAGACGAGGGCACCGCGGAGCCGGAGGAGCCUGGAGACUGGCAGAGCUACCGUGAAGAUGAGCACUUUGUUUGCAUCCGCUUCGAGGAGGUUGCUGAGGCCCAGCGGGCGGCCGCCCGCUUCCGGGAGAUGUUCGGCACGAUGGGCAUCGGGGUGGACAUCAGCCUCUCAGAGCAAGGCCCUCAGGGGGUGGAGAUGCGCAUCGGGAAGGUUGCCCCUGCCUUUGCAGCUCCUCUGGAGCCAGUGCCCAGCUUGCUGACCGUGGAGGCCGCCCCUGUGUUCCUGACUGAGCUACAGAAUCAGGAGGUGCAGGACGGGUACCCCGUAAGCUUCGACUGUGUGGUGACGGGCCAGCCGGUGCCCAGUGUGCGUUGGUUCAAGGACGGGAGGGUGCUGGAGGAGGACGACCACUACAUGAUCAGUGAGGACCAGCAGGGCGGCCACCAGCUCAUCAUCACGGCCGUGGUGCCGGCAGACAUGGGCGUCUACCGCUGCCUGGCCGAGAACAGCGUGGGUGUGUCUUCCACCAAGGCAGAACUUCGUGUGGACCUGACCAGCACCGACUACGAGACGGCUGCCGAUGCUACCGAGACGUCGUCCUACUUCAGCGCCCAAGGCUACCUGUCCAGCCGGGAGCAAGAGGGCACAGAAUCCUCAGAGGAAGGGCAGCUGCCCCAGGUGGUGGAGGAGCUGAAAGACCUCCAGGUGGCCCCUGGCACACGCCUGGCCAAGUUCCAACUCAAGGUCAAAGGCUACCCGGCGCCCCGCCUGUACUGGUUCAAGGACGGGCAGCCCCUGACCACAUCUGAGCACAUCCGCAUGGCCGACAGGAAGACCCUGCACACCCUGGAGAUCGUCUCAGUCACCAGCGAGGACGCUGGCCAGUACUCAGCCUACAUCAGCAACACCGUGGGCGCUGCCUACUCUUCUGCGCAGCUGCUGGUCCAAGGCCCCAACGAACCAGAGGAGAAGCCGGCGUUAGAUGUGCAACAACAGCUGGUGCCACCCCGCUUCCUGGAGAAGUUCACACCCAAGAAGGUGAAAAAGGGCGCCAACAUCACUUUCUCUGUGAAGGUGGAAGGACACCCUGCCCCGGCCGUGCACUGGCUGCGGGAGGAGGCGGAGCAGGGCGUGCUGUGGAUUGGCCGUGACACGCCAGGCUACACGGUGGCCAGCUCCGCGCAGCAGCACAGCCUGGUCCUGCUGGAUGUGGGCCGACAGCACCAGGGCACCUACACCUGCAUUGCCAGCAACGCCGCCGGCCAGGCCCUCUGCUCCGCCAGCCUGCACAUCUCUGGCCUGUCCAAGGAGGCCGGGGCGGCGGAGGAGCAGGCCGGGGUGAAGGAGGCCCUCAUGUCCACCUUCCUGCAGGGGGCCCAAGCCGUCUUUGCACAGAUGUCGGAACCUGCAGGCUUCGCUGACCUUGCCGGGCAGAGGAAAGGAGAGCCCCUGGUGGCAGAGGCCCGGGGCCACCUGUCCCUAGCUGAGUUGGGCACGGAGGAGUUCCUGCAGAAGCUCACCUCACAGAUCACGGAGAUGGUAUCGGCCAAGAUCACGCAAGGCAAGCUGCAGGUGCCGGGAGGUGACAGCGACGAGGAGUCCAAGACGCCGUCUGCGUCCCCGCGGCACGGCCGUUCGCGUCCCUCCUCCAGCGUCCAGGAGUCAUCCUCAGAGUCGGAGGAUGGGGACUCCCGGGGCGAGAUCUUUGACAUCUACGUGGUCACGGCUGACUAUGUGCCCCUGGGUGCUGAGCAGGACGCCAUCUCGCUGCGGGAGGGCCAGUACGUGGAGGUGCUGGACUCAGCCCACCCGCUGCGCUGGCUUGUGCGCACCAAGCCCACCAAGUCUAGCCCCUCGCGGCAAGGCUGGGUGUCCCCCGCCUACCUGGACAGGCGGCUCAAGCUGUCACCCGAGUGGGGGCCUGCCGAGGGCCCUGAGUUCCCUGGGGAGGCUGUGUCUGAGGACGAGUACAAGACGAGGCUGAGCUCCGUCAUCCAGGAGCUGCUGAGCUCGGAGGAGGCCUUUGUGGGCAGGCUGCAGUUCCUGCAGAGCCACCACAUGCGGCACCUGGACCGCUGCCCCCACGCACCCCCCGCCGUGGCCAGCCAGAAGGCGGUCAUCUUCCGAAACGUGCAGGACAUUAGCCACUUCCACAGCAGCUUCCUGCGGGAGCUGCAGAGCUGCGACACGGACGAUGACGUGGCCAUGUGCUUCAUCAAGAACCAGGCGGCCUUUGAGAAGUAUCUGGAGUUCUUGGUGGGCCGGGUGCAGGCCGAGGCGGUGGUGGUCAGCACGGCCGUGCAGGAGUUCUACAAGAAAUACGCCGAGGAGGAGCUGUCGGCCGCAGACCCCUCGCAGCCACCCCCGCCUCCCCUGCAGCACUUCCUGGAGCAGCCGGUGCAGCGGCUCCAGCAGUACCAGGCCCUGCUCAAGGAGCUGAUCCGCAACAAGGCGCGGAACGGGCAGAACUGUGCACUGCUGGAGCAGGCCUAUGCGGUGGUGUCGGCCCUGCCCCAGCGUGCCGAGAACCAGCUGCACGUGUCGCUCAUGGAGAACUACCCAGGCACCCUGGAGGCCCUGGGCGAGCCCAUCCGCCAGGGCCACUUCAUCGUAUGGGAGGGGGCGCCGGGUGCACGGAUGCCCUGGAAGGGCCACCACCGGCACGUCUUCCUGUUCCGCCACCACCUGGUGGUCUGCAAGCCCAGGCGUGACUCGCGCACCGACACCUUCAGCUACGUCUUCCGGAACAUGAUGAAGCUGAGCAGCAUCGACCUGAAUGACCAGGUGGAGGGGGAUGACCGCGCCUUCGAGAUCUGGCACGAGCGGGAGGACUCGGUGCGCAAGUACCUGCUGCAGGCGCGGACGGUCAUCGCCAAGAACUCCUGGGUGAAGGAGAUUUGCGGCAUCCAGCAGCGCCUGGCCCUUCCCGUCUGGCGUCCCCCAGAUUUCGAAGAGGAGCUGGCUGACUGCACGGCUGAGCUGGGUGAGACGGUCAAGCUGGCCUGCCGUGUGACGGGCACACCCAAGCCCAUCGUCAGCUGGUACAAAGAUGGGAAGCCGGUGGAGGUGGACCCCCACCACAUCCUCAUCGAAGACCCCGAUGGCUCAUGUGCCCUCAUCCUGGACAAUCUCACCGCUGUGGACUCCGGCCAGUACAUGUGCUUCGCAACCAGUGCCGCCGGCAACGCCAGCACCCUCGGCAAGAUUCUGGUGCAAGUUCCCCCUCGGUUUGUGAACAAGGUCCGGGCGGUGCCCUUUGUGGAGGGAGAGGACGCCCAGGUCACCUGCACCAUUGAAGGUGCCCCGCACCCUCAGAUCAGGUGGUACAAGGAUGGAGCCCUCCUGAGCCCCGGGGGCAAGUUCCAGACCCUGAGUGAUGCCCGCAGUGGCCUGCUGGUGCUGGAGAUCCGGGGGGCUGGCAAGGAGGACCUGGGCCACUACGAGUGUGAGUUGGUGAACCGGCUGGGCUCCACCCGGGGCGGGGCAGAGCUGUCCAUGCAGAGCCCGGCGCUGCGGGCCCGGGAACAGCGCCGCAGGGAGCAGCUGGCCGCUGCGGUGGAAGACACCACCCUGGAACGAGCAGAGCAGGAGAUCAUGUCUGUCCAGAAGACACUGGUGUGCCCCGAGGCUUUGGGACCUUCUGCAGGGGACCAUGCUGGCCCAGGCUCUGGCCCUGGGGGGCCACCGGAACUCCAGGAUGCUGGUCCCCAGCCCCCAGGCAUGGAGGCUGCAGACGCAUCCGCUGAGCCCCGGCUGAAGGUGCCACAGCCCCUCCCCGACGCGGGCCUGGAGCAGGACUCGGGGGCCCAUGCCGCGGCCCAGGGACGCAUUGUGCCCAUCCGGAUGGAGGGUGCGGCCUGGCCGGGGGCUGGCGCAGCGCAGCUCUGGGACGUCCACAGCCACGUGUUCACGGAGACCACGCACCGGACUUACGUGUACCAGACCAGGGACAUGGGUGCCACAAGGCCCCCGUCCAUGCAGGUCACCAUCGAGGACUUGCAGGCACAGAGGGGCGGCACCGCGCAGUUCCAAGCGGUCAUCGAGGGCAGCCCGCAGCCCACAGUGACCUGGUACAAGGACAGCGCCCAGCUGGUGGAUGACACCCGGCUCAGCCAGCAGCAGGAAGGGACCACGUACUCCCUCGUGCUGAGGGACGUGGCCCAGCACGACGCCGGCGUCUACACCUGCCUGGCCCGCAACCCCGGGGGCCAGGUUCUGUGCAAGGCGGAGCUGCUGGUCCUGGGGGGGGACGACCUGGACUCCGAGAAGCAAAGCUCCCGGAGGAGACUGCACUCCUUCUACGAGGUCAAGGAGGAGAUAGGAAGGGGCGUGUUCGGCUUUGUGAAGAGGGUGCAGCACAAGGGCAACCAGAUGUCCUGCGCCGCCAAGUUCAUCCCCCUGCGGGGCAGGACGCGCGCCCAGGCCUUCCGCGAGCGGGACGUUCUGGCCACGCUGAGCCACCCGCUGGUCACCGCGCUGCUGGACCAGUUUGAGACCCGCAAGACCCUGAUCCUCAUCCUGGAGCUGUGCUCGGCCGAGGAGCUGCUGGACCGCCUGUUCAAGAAGAGCGUGGUGACCGAGGCCGAGGUCAAGGUCUACAUCCAGCAGCUGGUGGAGGGGCUGCAGUACCUGCACAGCCAGGGCAUCCUCCACCUCGACAUAAAGCCCCCCAACAUCCUGAUGGUGCAUCCUGCCCGGGAAGACAUUAAAAUCUGUGACUUUGGCUUUGCCCAAAAAAUCACCCCGGCAGAGCCGCAGUACAGCAAGUAUGGCUGCCCUGAGUUUGUGUCCCCCGAGAUCAUCGAGCAGACCCCCGUGAGCAAGGCCUCCGACAUCUGGGCCAUGGGGGUCAUCUCCUACCUCAGCCUGACCUGCUCGUCCCCGUUCGCUGGUGAGAGUGACCGAGCCACCCUCCUGAACGUGCUGGAGGGGCGGGUGUCCUGGAGCAGCCCAAUGGCUGCCCACCUCAGCAAGGAUGCCCAAGACUUUAUCAAGGCUGCCCUGCAGAGGGCCCCAGAGGCUCGCCCCAGUGCCUCCAGGUGCCUCGCCCACUCCUGGUUCCUGAAGUCCCUGCCCGCUGAGGAGGCCCACUUCAUCAACACCAAGCAGCUGAAGUUCCUCCUGGCCCGCAGCCGCUGGCAGCGCUCCCUGAUGAGCUACAAGUCCAUCCUGGUGAUGCGCUCCAUCCCCGAGCUGCUCCAGGGCCCACCGGACAGCCCGUCCCUCGGGGUGGCCCGGCACCUGUGCAGUCAGGCCAGCGCCUCCUCCAGCAGCUCUUCCUCCUCCUCGGACAACGAGCUGGCGCCCUUCGCCCGGGCCAAGUCGCUACCGCCCUCCCCAGUGACCCACUCCCCGCUGCUGCACCCCCGGGGCUUCCUGCGGCCGUCGGCCAGCCUACCCGAGGAGGCCGAGGCCUGCCCGCCCGCCGAGGCUGCGCCCCUGCCCGCCUCAGCCCAGGGCACAGAGCCGCCGGCCGCCCCGGGCUGCGUGCCUCGGCAGAGCGUCAUCCGCAGCCUGUUCUACCAGCAGGCGGGCGAGGGCCCGGAGCGCGGGGGCCCGGCCGCAGGUGGCAGGCGGCACCCGGCCCGGCGGCGGCACCUGCUCAAGGGCGGCUACUUCGCCAGCGCCCUGCCUGGCCUGCGUGAGCCGCUGCUGGAGCACCGCGCGCUAGAGGAGGCGGCUGCCCAGGAGGAGCAGGCCGCCAUGCUGGCCAAAGCGCCCUCCUUCGAGACGGCCCUGCGGUUGCCCGGUGCCAGCACCCGAGGGGCCCCUAGCCGCAGCCGCUCCCUGGACCUCGACCGGCCCCACGCCGCCAGCCUGUCUACCGAGUCCUGCCCAGAGGAACAGUGUCCCACCCCCACCCCUGCCACCACCACCACCCACUCGGGCCUCCUGGAGGCCCCAGGGCAGGGCUCGCCCCAAAGGGGUGCCUGUGGCAGGGAGAGGGAGCGUCCAGAGGGGUCCCUGCAGGGGCCGAGACUGUUUCCCUCCACCAGUGGCGAUGUAGCCCCCACUCAGCAAGAAGGGUGGUCCCAGGACAGCUGUGGGGGGCAGCAGGACCCUUUCUUUCACCCCCAGUGGGGUCCUGCCCCCCGGGAGGGCUGCAGGCCCCCCACGGCUGUUGCACCACAAACUCCUGGCUCCUUGCCUCCGGGGCCGGGCCUGGAGGCCCUGUCCACACCCCCAAGCCCCUUCCUUUCAGGGGAGCCUCAGGCCCCCCCUUCCCCAGCCCGAGCAAGCCCCCAGCCAGGCUCUAAGAAGGGGCUGGAGAACACUCCUCUCCCCGGGAGGCUGGGCCCCCCCAGCUCCCCAGGGCCAGCCUCUGCAGUGGGCUUGGAGCCCGGACUCACCCCGGACGCCGAGGACCUGGCCCAGGAGGCAGAAGACCUCUCUGACUCUGAGCUUAGCACACAGCGGCCUCAGGAGCAGGCGACCACCCGGAAGUUCUCCCUGGGGCAGCACGGGGGCUACGCGGGGGUGGCCGGCUAUGGCACCUUUGCCUUUGGUGGGGACGCGGGGGGCAUGCUGGGGCAGGGCCCCCUGUGGGCCAGGAUGGCCUGGGCCACCUCUCAGUCCUCGGAAGAGCAGGAUGAGGGGGAGGCCAGCGCGGCGCCCCCGCCCGAGGGCGGCAGGGCUCCCCCGAGGGCCUCCCCGGAGCUGACCUUGUGGGAGGGCGUCGGCGGGGGCUCCCAGGUGUCACUCGUGCAGAUCCGGGACUUGUCGGGUGACUUGGAGGCGGCCGACACUGUGUCCCUGGACAUCUCGGAGGUGGAGCCCGCCUACCUCAACCUGUCGGACCUCUACGACAUCAAGUACCUCCCGUUCGAGUUCAUGAUCUUCAGGAAGGUCCCCAGGCCACAGCCGCCACCCUCCCCCGCGUCGGAGGCCGGGGAGGAGCUGGCGGAGCUCCCAGAGGCCACGUGGCCCUGGCCUGGCACGCUGGGCCCGCCAGCCAGCCUAGAGAUCACAGAGGGGCUGGAGGACACGGAGGCCCUGCUCUGGGAGGCUGCCAGCAGCAGGAGGCGCAAGGGGUCGCCUCCCUCAGGUGGUCUCCUCCACUUGCCCGGGAGGCGCGUGGAGCUGGAGGAGCCCACAGAGCUGGGGUUGCGCCGGAGGGUGAGGGCCUCCGUGGCCCACAUCUCCCGCCUCCUGAGGGGCAGGCCCGAAGGUCCUGAGGAGAGCCCCCCCAGGAAGAAGGCAGGCCUAGCUUCUUUCCGGCUGUCAGGCCUGAAGAGCAGGGACCGAGCGCCAUCAUUCCUAAGGGAGCUGGCAGAUGAAACAGUGGUCCUGGGCCAGUCUGUGACUCUUGCCUGCCAGGUGUCGGCCCAGCCAGCUGCACAGGCCACCUGGAGUAAAGACGGGGCCGUCCUGGAGAGCAGCAGCCGCCUCCUCAUCUCCUCUACGCGCAAGAACUUCCAGCUUCUGACCAUCCUGGUGGUGACGGCAGAGGACCUGGGCUUGUACACCUGCAGCGUGCGCAACCGGCUGGGCAUGGCGGCCACCACAGCCGUGCUACGGAAGGCAGAGCUCCCUGCGUGCUCCCCGCGUCCGGACAUCGGGGAGGUGUACGAGGACGGGGUGCUACUGGUCUGGAAGCCCGUGGAGGCGCAUGGCCCCGUGACCUACACUGUGCAGUGCAGCCUGGAAGGUGGCAGCUGGAGCACACUGGCCUCUGACAUCUUCGACUGCUGCUACCUCGCUGGCAAGCUUGCUCGGGGCGGCUUGUACACCUUCCGGACGGCCUGCGUCAGCAAGGCGGGCAUGGGCCCCUUCAGCAGCCCCUCGGAGCAGGUCCUCCUGGGAGGGCCCAGCCACCUGGCCUCUGAGGAGGAGAGCAGCCCUGCUCGGCCAGCCCAGCCCCUGCCCAGCACGCAGACCUUCGCCUUCCAGACACAGAUCCGAAGGGGCCGCUUCAGUGUGGUGCGGCAGUGCCAGGAGAAGGCCAGCGGACUUUUGCUGGCCGCCAAGAUCGUGCCCUACCGCCCUGAGGACAGAACGGCCGUGCUCCGGGAAUACGAGGCGCUCAAGGGCCUGCGCCACCCACACCUGGCCCAGCUGCAGGCCGCCUACCUCAGCCCCCGGCACCUGGUCCUCAUCUUGGAGCUGUGCUCUGGGCCGGAGCUGCUCCCCUGCCUGGCAGAGAGGACCUCCUACUCGGAGUCGGAGGUGAAGGACUACUUGUGGCAGAUGCUGAGUGCCGCCCAGUACCUGCACGCCCAGCGCAUCCUGCACCUGGACCUCAGGUCCGAGAACAUGAUCGUGACUGAGUACAACCUGCUCAAAGUAGUUGACUUGGGCAAUGCCCAGAGCCUCGCGCAGGAGAGGGUCCUGCCCUCCGAGGGGUUCAAGGACUACCUGGAGACCAUGGCUCCAGAGCUCCUGGAGGGCCAGGGUGCGGUCCCACAGACCGACAUCUGGGCCAUAGGCGUGACGGCCUUCAUCAUGCUGAGCGCCGAGUACCCGGUGAGCAGCGAGGGGACGCGCGACCUGCAGAAGGGCCUGCGCAAGGGGCUCAUCCGGCUGGGCCGUUGCUACGCGGGGCUGUCCGGGGGCGCAGUGGCCUUCCUACGGAGCACUCUGUGCGCGCACCCCUGGGGCCGGCCGUGCGCGUCCAGCUGUCUGCAGUGCCCGUGGCUGACGGAGGAGGGCCCGGCCCGCUCCCAGCCCGCGUCCGUGACCUUCCCCACGGCGCGUCUGCGCGCUUGCGUGCGCGAGCGCGAGAAGAGGCGGGCGCUGCUGUACAGGAAGCACCGCCUGGCCCAGGUGCGCUGAGGCCAGGCCCCGCCGAGCGGGGGUGUUGUCGGGGUCGCCCUGCUCUGCCGCG